AUGACCACCGACAAUACGAACGGACGAUUCCAUCUCGAUUACGAAGCAGCUGAUGAUGACCGGCAAGCGAACGCCAACCGACCGGGCGGAACUUCUGAUCAGAAGGCAGAUGUCGAAGCGCAUCCGGUAUCGCCCUGUGAUCCUCAAUCAAGCGGAAGUACAAAUUCAAGUACCGAUAGGGGUGUGGGCGGUAAGAACGAAACGCGACCCCCUUCUCCGGGCGAACGUCUCUUCACAGGCAAGUCGUCCCCACCCGAUCACCCUCAAAGCCAUACCUCCUCUACCUUCUGCACCUCCUUGAACUCUUCCUCCGAUCCCUAUUCUGGCGCAGGUGCAGACGACUUUGACCCCAUCACGGUAGCUGAGUCAGUUUGGCGCGGCGUGGAGCGGGGGGUAAAGAUCGACCUUGAGUGCGAGGAAGGUACCAGCGAUAGCGAUACCCCGUCGGAGAAGGCUGUUCUCAGAGGCUGUCUCGUCUUGAAGGCCAGAUCAAUGUUCCUUAAAACAGACAAUCAGCGGAUUGGGCUGAAUCUAUUAUUGGAUUAUUACCGAAAGUCCCGAAAACUGUUCCCCCUCGCCCCACGCUACACGUCGUGCCAGAGCCGACCUGUAACCGAAAAUAGAGGCGCGGCAUCUUUGUGGAUCGUCGACCGCCAAUCCCGAUCGUCCGACCACGCCCCUCCAAAUGUCCCCGAAGUGUUUUUUUCGAGCAGUUGA